AUACCCGAGCUCUCGCACUUUAUCUUCUGUCAUUUCAUUAAGGGUCUUUCGACGGCGCAUAUGAUAAAGCCCACGUUUGGGCCCCCACAUCCACGAUGUUGAAGAUAUGGUCGAUGAAAAAGGAGCAGAAGGAGGCAGAGAACGCCGAGGGCCAGGCGACGGGUGGCAAGAAGAAGAAGGUGACUGCAGCACAGCUGCGCGUGCAAAAAGAUCUUUCAGAACUUUCUCUCGGAUCGACGAUGAAGACAGAGUUCCCCGACCCCGACGAUAUCCUUAACUUCGUGCUUACGAUUGACCCUGAUGAGGGUAUGUACCGAGGCAGCCGUUUUACCUUCGAUUUCACUAUAAACCAGAACUUUCCCCACGAGCCUCCCAAGGUUCGAUGCCGAGAAAAGAUCUAUCAUCCCAACAUCGAUCUUGAAGGCAAGGUCUGCCUGAACAUUCUACGAGAGGACUGGAAGCCAGUACUGAACUUGAAUGCUGUGAUUGUUGGCCUGCAGGUAUGGACUCCAGAAAGAAAAGCGCCUUUAUUCCUCUUCCUCGAACCCAACGCAUCGGACCCGCUCAACAAGGAGGCAGCUGAGGAUCUACGAAACAACCGAGAGGGAUUCAAGCGCAACGUGAGGACUGCCAUGGGCGGUGGAGUAGUCAAGGGCAGGACAUACGACAGGGUCCUGAAAUAGAGUUGGAAUAAGACAAAUACCAAGAGUUGCAGGGAUGGGCCGUUAAGAUUUGGGACGAUACAACGACUUAAUGGGUGUUUGAGACAGACAAGCAUUUGAUAACAAAGAGCAUCGCGUGGCGUCUUAUAAAUCCAUGAUCUUGACUAGGCAAUCCUUGUCUUCUAACCUUUCCAUGAUUACAGAUAGUGAUGGGCUUUGGUGGAGAGGAGUCAAUGGCGAGAAGAGCUGAGCUUGAUAUAUGUGCUCAGGUAAUUACAUGAUGAUUCCAAGCUUACUGUAACCACCUAACCUGUAUUGCCUUUUUGAAUCAGAGAGGGUCAUGGUAAAUGCUGGCUCGUAGUUCAGUGACACUCUAUUGGGUGGGGACAUCUUGCUGCCCUGGCUGCCGACGUAGGAUCAACAGCUCAAGGUGAACAUGGAGUGGCUUGCCUGGCUUGCUUCAUGAUCCC